AUGCGUCUCCUCAAGGCUUUCUCCAUCGGCGCUUGCGUGCUCGGUGUCGUCGAGGCCCUCCCGCGUCGGGUCUCCGACUUCUCCAAGCGACAGGUUACCCAGCUGCGGGAUGAGUAUGACUUCGUCAUCAUUGGUGGUGGUACUGCCGGUUUAACUGUCGCUGACCGUGUCUCGGCUGCCUUCCCCCACCGAACCGUCCUCGUCAUCGAGUACGGAAAGAUUGAACAGUCUGUCGGCUACUUCGACCCCCCGGAGGACGGCAAGGGCGUUAGCCGUCUUGUUAUCAGCUCGCCGCCUGUUGAGAGCGUCAACAACCGCUCCGCCGUUGUCAUCCUCGGAAUGACUGUCGGUGGGUCGUCCGCUGCUAACGGUCAGUUCUUCGAUCGUGGUUCCAAGUAUGAUUACGACGAGUGGGCGCGUCUCGGUAGCCCCGAGUUCAGGGGCGGUGAGAAGUGGGACUGGGAGAACUUGUACCCUUCAUUCCAGAAGAGCUCCUUCUUGACCGAGCCCAGCCCCGAGCUUGCCGCCGAGUUCGGCUACACUUGGGAUUCAGCCAGCUAUGGUGGCGACUCCAUCCAGGCCUCCUUCCCUCCAUUCCAGUGGCCCAUCCAGGGUAUCUCGUGGAAGGCUUGGGAGGAGUUUGGUCUUGAGACCCCCAAAGAUUGCGCCAAUGGUAACAAGCAUGGUCUUUGCUGGGUUCCUACCGCUCAGAACUCGGAGACCGUUGAGCGCUCGCACGCUGGUGUUGGCCACUACACCAACAUUGCUGCCAGCCGACCCAACCUCGACCUCUUGGUCGAGCACAAGGUUACCCGCCUUGUGGUGGACAAGACCCAGAAGGUUCCUGCCGUCGAGUUCCGGCCCGUUGCCGGCGGCGAUGUAAAGACGAUCCGCCCCAAGUACGAGGUCAUCCUCUCUGCCGGUGCUAUCCACACCCCCCAGAUUCUGCAGCGCAGCGGUGUCGCUUCUGCCAAGUAUCUGAAGUCGGUCGGCAUUAAACUGGUCGAGGACCUUCCCGGCGUUGGUCAGAACUUCCAGGACCACUGUGGUCCCCCAAUCACCUUCUCAUUCGAUGCUCCCCACCCUAGCGAGGCCGAUAUCACCAAUAACGCUACCUUCGCGGCUGAGGCUGUUGCUCAGUUCCGUGAGCGUCCCGCCCGCGGCCCCUACACUCUUGGCAUGGGCAACAGUGCCGCCUACGUCUCCCUUCCCAAGAUCACCUCGGAGUACAAGAAGAUCGUCGCCAAGAUCCGAAAGCAAAUCAGCGAUCGAUCCGCGCUCCAGUACCUCCCGGCGGGCGCUUCGGAGACCGUCCAGAAAGGUUAUCUUGCCCAACUUGAGGUCAUUGCCCAGGCCCUUGAGAACCCCGAGCACCCUAUUUUGGAGGCUCCCUUCGCCAGCAGCCCCGGCACGGCUUUCCUCCUUAAGCCCCUGAGCCGUGGCACUGUUCUGCUUAACCCCGAGGACCACGACGCUACCCCCAUUGUCAACUACCGCACCGCUGCUAAUCCUAUUGAUAUUGACAUCAUGGUUACUUACUUUGACUACUUCCGUCGUCUCUAUGCCACCGACACCUGGCAGUCUCUCAACGCCGUUGAGGUUGCUCCCGGUGCCAACGUCACUGAUCCCAGCGACAUUGCCGAGUACAUCAAGAACAACAUUAUUCAGUCUCUCAUGCACCCGUGCUGCACUGCUGCCAUGCUUCCUCGCGAGAAGGGUGGUGUCGUCGACUCGAAGCUUACCGUCUACGGCAUCCCCGGCCUCCGUGUUGCCGACUGCUCCAUCAUCCCUACCCUACCAGCUGCCCACACCACCACCACCGCGUACGCUAUCGGCGAGAAGGCUGCUGAUAUCAUCAUCAAGCGCUGGCAGAAGGACUGCAAGCCCUAA